GCGCAGACUGCAGACUGAAGCUUCUCGGCUCGGUGCAUGCGUAUAAGGUUCAUCGAAGCCUCCAAGGCUGGUACUGGACCUGCACACUGAAGCCCCCUACACCGCCUCCUGCUGGCUCAGAGCAUGCGCAAGCGGUCUGUUGAAAGGCGGCUCUGUACGGAUGCCGGAGGGGCCAGGAGGCUUGUUGUGAUGGUAACGCUGCGCGCGCUCCCUGAGGGAGGAAGUCGUGACCUGGUGGGGCAGAAUCCUGGUGUGAGACCGUGAGGGGCGAGACUCGGGAUUAAAUCCAAGGUGAAGGAGAAUGUCAAUAGUCACAGUACAGCUCGGUCAGUGUGGUAACCAGAUUGGUUACGAGGUGUUUAAUGCUAUCUGCAAUGACUUCCACAGCACACAUGGACUGUGCUCCAAGAAGGAGAAUGAAUCCUAUCAGGAAGCUUGCAAGGAACGUUUCUUCAGUGAGGAGAAAACUGGAGUACCUGUUGCCCGAGCUGUGCUUGUUGACAUGGAACCGAAAGUAAUCAGUCAGACCCUCUCAAUAGCUGCUAGGUCUGGCCACUGGAAAUAUGACCACCAGUCACACUUCUGUCAGAAACAGGGGUCUGGAAACAACUGGGCAAAUGGUUACUCUGUUCAUGGGCCCAGGUACAGAGACGUUAUCAUGAACCUGGUACAGAAGGAAGCAGAGAAAUGUGACCGACUCAGUGGAUUUUUCACAGUAAUGAGCAUGGCUGGUGGCACAGGAUCAGGCAUGGGAGCCUUUGUGACCCAGUGCUUAAGAGAUGCUUUUCCAACCUCAUUUAUACUCAACCAGGUUAUCUGGCCCUAUGGAACCGGUGAGGUAAUUGUUCAAAACUACAACUCAGUUCUGACACUCUCACACCUGUACCAGUCAGCAGAUGCUCUCCUUGUUCACGAAAAUGAUGCCAUCCACAAGAUCUGUGCUCAGCUAAUGAAUAUUAAAAAGAUCUCCUUCAGGGAUGUAAAUCAAGUAAUUGCACAUCAGCUGGGAAGUGUGUUCCAGCCUACUUACUCCUCAGAAGGUGCCUCACAGUAUAGCAGAAGCCCACUAGGAGACUUAAUGGAGUCUUUAGUUCCCCAUCCUGAAUUCAAGAUGUUGGGUCUUCGUAACAUACCGCAGAUGUCAGAGAACUCCCUGACAUACAGCACAUUCACUUGGCCUGGGCUCAUCAAACAUUUAAGACAGAUGCUUAUUGCUAAUGCUAAGAUGGAAGAAGGUAUCGAUUGGCAGGUGCGACCACCAUUGCCAGGGCAUCCUGUCCCUCCAAAAGCCUCUCCAAAUAAGGCACUACAUUUUAACACCUCCAUUGCCAACCUGGUUGUCCUGCGAGGAAAAGAUGUGCAAAGCGUUGAUCUAGGAGGUUUCAGAGAUCCAGCAUUGUAUACAUCCUGGCUAAACCCUCAGGAGGUCUUUAAAAUAUGGAAAACACCAAGAGCCUUUAACAAGUAUGAAAAAUCUGCUUCUUUGGUCAGCAACAGCCAGUUCCUGCUGAAACUUAUGGACAACAUUGUCGGGAAAGCGUGGAAUAUGUUUGCUUCCAGAGCUUAUGUUCACCAGUACACUAAGUUUGGGAUCGAAGAGGAGGACUUUCUGGACUGCUUCACAACUCUGGAACAGGUUCUCUCUAGUUAUGCCAGCCUUUGAUUUUUCAACCACUUACAGCUAGGGCUUUGUCAGGGAGAGUACACACUGAAAGGCUUUCUGUGUCAGCUGCCCCAAGCUGAAGUGGCUAAGGGAGGUACAGGAGUGUAAGUGUUCUUUUUAUUGUUGAAGGAAUAGUCGUCUACAUCAGGAGUGAAUCUAUUCCUUGUCUCCCAUAAAGACAAGUGUAUUUUGUAUAUAGUGAAUUUAUAUAUUGAAUAUUUAAUAAAGUUUUAUUUUUCAGUACAUUUUCCUUAAUUUACUCUGAUUUGAAGCCCUCUAAUGUCUACUCCUUCUCCUCCUGGCUGUGCAUAUUUUUCCUGAAGAAUUUCCAUAGCCUGAAGUUUUUUCAGGUUGAAAUCUAGUGUCUGAAUUAAUAUUAACUGUCAUGGUAGAGUAGGACUGAAGGAUGCUGUUAGUUAAUUAGUACUAAUACAAUUUGAUCUUUCACUUCAAACUUUACAUUCUAAUAUUUGGCCUGAGUGUGUUUUACCAAUAGCUACCAAAAUACCCAUUAGCAAAGUAGUACUAAUAAAAAUAGCUAAGCAUAACGUACCAUUACGUAUUUGCUAAUAGUCACUAAGGCCCCAUUUGCUGCAGCAAGCUGGUGUUAAAUUCUGUGGCAAGACUCCUGAUCUCUGUGGCACUUUUCAAUAGGACAGACUGGAGAUUCUGCAACAUUUUUAAAGUUUUUUUGUUUUUUUUUUUUAAAUUGAGGUUCUUAAUUCAUAUGAAACUGAAUAAUAAAGUUACACUGAGGA